AUCCAUGGCCGGUGCUCGGUAAGAUACAUAUCUCCAUAAAUAUCUCUUCCUUUAUCGCAUUUCAACCAUUCUCUCGCUUGGAGAGAGUGAGUCGGUGAAUAGUAAGUUCCUCUUUUUAAGAAAAGAUUUCCUGUGUCCUAUCGAUCCAUCAUCUUCUACUCCUAGGUCGCCAUGAGCAAACAGGAUAUGCUGAAGGUUCAGACAUGUGUUCUAAGAGUGAAUAUACACUGCGAGGGGUGUAUGCACAAGGUCAAAAAGAAGCUGCAGAAGGUUGAUGGAGUGUAUAAGGUGAGUAUAGAUGCGGAGCAGGGGAAGGUGAUGGUGUCGGGAAAUGCGGAUCCGGCGAGCCUCAUCGAGAAGCUGGAGAAAUCCGGCAAGCACGCCGAGCUGUGGGGCCCGCAGAAGGGAGGUGGAGCGAUGCCGUUUCAGAUCUCUCAGGAGCAGCUGAAGAAGUUUCAAUUGGAGAACUUCAACAAGAAUAAUCAGAAGAAGGGAAACGACCAUCACCACCACAACCAGAUGAAGAAUGGAUUCGUUGAGCUUCCUUUUAAGAAAGGAGGGGGCGAGAAAGCUCCGGCCAAGGAACAGAAGGCGGUCAGAUUCGAGCUCCCCGAAGAUGAGGAUGACUUUGAUGAUGAUGACGACUACGAUGAUGAUGAUUAUUCGGAUGACUUUGAUGAGGAUGAGGAUGAUUUCGAGGAUGAGUUUGAGGAUGUGAAGCAUAGUAAGCCACUGAAAGGGGGAGAGAAGCCGGGUAAAGGGGAUAAAUUAGAUAAAGGAGGUGGUGGAAAAGAGGGGAAGAAGGCUAAGAAGGGGGGCGGCGGCGGUGGGAUUGAUAUGUUUUUCAAAGGAAUGUUGAGCAAGGCCGCCGGCGGGAAGAAGGGGAAAUCGGAGAAGAGUGGCAAGAAGGGUGAGAGCAAGAAAGAGGAUGGCGGCAAGAAGGGUGGUGGUGGAUUUGAGUUGGGAGAUGGUAAAAAGGGGAAGAAAGAUGAUGAUGGUUGGGGCAAGAAAGGUGGAGAAAAUUUCCAUGGAGGUAAACAGCAACAACAUGGCUUUGGUGAGAUGAAAGCCAACCAUAAAGGCGGCGGUGGCGGCGGAGGUGGUGGAAGGAAUAUGGAGAUGAUGGGGGGUUUUCCGGCGGUGGCGGGGAUGCCGGCGAUCAACGGUAGCCGCUUCCCGGGGACGGGACAGGGGAAUCCGUAUAGCCAGCAGCAGCAAUACAUGGCACAGAUGAUGAUGAUGAAUCAGAUGAAUCAGCAGCGUGAGCAUGGUCAUGAGGCGGCCUAUCAUCCGAUGGCGUAUGCAAGGCCGCCGCCUCCCGCGCACAUGGGCUAUGGAUCGGUGCAGCCCAUGGGGUACGGAGGGCCGCCCCCGAUGCAUCCCAUGGGAUACGGGCCGCCGCAACAGGCCACGGGGGAGUAUGCUCAUAUGUUCAGUGAUGAGAACACUGAUAGUUGUAGUAUUAUGUAAAUUUUUGGUUGUGUUUUGCCAUGAAUUAGUAUUAUUAUGAUCGAUUGUUAUUUUUAUCAAGUUUUAAUGUUAUGAAGUAGUAGUAGUAAAGUUGAUUAUGAGGAGAAACUGGGAUAUGUUUUGAUAACUUUUAUUUGAAUGUGGAUUUGUUUGGUCAAA